AUACAGAUGGCAUGUGUGGUACUGCUGAGACUUUCUAUAAAAGACUAUUGGGACAGAAGGAUAAUGAAGUUGAGGCUUGUAGUAUUGAGGAUAUGCGUAAUAUCUUGCAGUCUCAUGUUGUUGAGGGACAACAUGAGUGGUUAAUCCGACCUAUCUCCGAGGAGGAAGUGAAGAAUACUCUAUUUGGUUUUAAAGGUGAUAAAAGCCCUGGCCCAGAUGGCUUUCCUGCUUGUUUCUUUCAGUCUGCCUGGCACAUUGUUGGCCCUAAAAUCACCGAGGCUGUGAAAUACUGCCUCUUAGUGUGUUCUCUUCCCACAGAUACUAAUUCCACACUCUUAGCAUUGAUCCCUAAGACUCAGAACCCAGAGGAAAUGAAGUUUUUUAGACCUAUUUCUUGUUGUAAUACACUGUAUAAGUGUAUUUCCAAGAUAAUUGCAAAUCACCUUAGUUCAAUUUUGCCUUCCUUGAUAAGUAACAACCAGACUGCUUUUAUAAAAGGAAGAGUAAUUGGUGAGAACAUUCUGUUGGCACAUGAGUUAGUCCAGAAGUAUCAAAGAAGUGAUAUAUCCCAGUGCAGUAUAGUUAAGGUUGAUAUAAUGAAGGCUUUUGAUUCGGUGGAUUGGGAUUUUUUUAUUACAGUCUUAAAAGCAAUGAAUUUCCUUGAUUUGUUUGUGAAGUGGAUUGUUAUGUGUGCGACUAAUCCUAAGUUGAGUGUAGGGUUUAAUAGUGGACUUGUGGGAUAUUUCUCGGCUUGUAAAGGAUUGAGGCAAGGGGGCCCUCUGUCCCCUUACUUAUUUGCUGUAUCAAUGGAAAUCCUGUCAUGUUUAAUGGGGAAAGCGGUUAAGGAAGGUCAAAUGCCAUUCCAUCCGAUGUGGAAGAGACUGGGGUUGACACAUUUGAUGUUUGCUAACGAUUUGUUAUUAUUCUCUGAUGGCUCAAAUCAUGGUAUUCAAUGUAUUCAGAAGGUGUUGGGGGAAUUCAGAAGAAUCUCUGGUCUUAAGUCCAACCCUGAAAAAUGUGAACUGUUUUGUGGGGGUCUUCCUAUUGAAUGGCAAAAACAUAUGGCUCUUAAUGCAGGGUAUAAACUGGGAACGCUUCCUAUCAGGUAUCUGGGAUUGCCUCUUAUCCCUGGCAAAUUAUCUAUUAAGGCUUGUAAGCCUCUGUUGGAUAAGAUUACUGGGAGGAUACAUAGUUGGAAAACUAAAUUCCUUAGCUAUGCUAGGCGUUUACAACUUAUUAUCUCAGUGCUUGCUAGCUUGACUCAGUUUUGGAUGGCGGUGUUUAUUCUGCCUAAGAGGGUUAUUAAGGAAGUUGAACGAUUGUGUAGUGAUUUCUUGUGGGGAGUAGGUGAGGAGGGGAAGAAGAAGGCUACGGCAUCUUGGAAAUACAUUGCGCUCCCCAAAAAUGAAGGUGGUUUGGGUAUUCGUGAUCUAGUGAGUUGGAACUUUGCAUGUGUAAUUAGACACAUUUGGCUUAUCCUCCUGCACCAGGGUUCAUUAUGGGUUGCAUGGCCGAGGGAAUAUAGGAUAAAGCAGCAUGAUUUCUGGACAUUCCAAUCCAAAGCAGGGUCUUGGCUAUGGUUAAAACUGUUGAAGAAUAGAGAUAGAAUAAGUCAAUGGAUGUCAAUAAAUAAUGGUGAGGUUAUAUGGUCUGGUAAAGUUAUGCAGAGAUACAAGAUUCAAAUGGUGUGGGAUGUGUUCAGGCCUAAGGAUGUACCUGUUCCAUGGUAUUCUCUUGUGUGGAAAGGACUCUCCCCUCCAAGGGAUAAAUUCAUUGUUUGGAUGAUUGUAAAAAAUUAUAUAGUCACCUGUGACAAGGUGGCUAGAUGGGGUGGAAGAGGCCCUCUCUCGUGUGUGUUCUGUUCCUGUGCUUUGGAGACUAGAGCGCAUCUGUUUGGUGAAUGUGUGGUUUACAAAGAGCUGUAUGCAGGUUUGCUUGCCAAGGAAUUCCCCAGAACUCCUUCUGAUGAUUGGGACGUUGAGUUGCAGUGGGCUGUAUCACAUCUUCGAGGAAAGUAGGAGCGUGCUCAAGCUAUUAGGGCGAUUUGGAGAUCUAUAGUCAGUUCCAUCUGGAGAGAAAGGUGUCACUUGAAGUUUGGCGGGACAAGGAGAAGGUUUCAAGAGUUGAUUGUUUGUAUACCAAAAGAUCUUUCUGUCUUGUUUCCCUUUGUACUUAUUGAUAGUUUCUGGGACUAGUCAGCUUAUGGUGCCCUUGGUUCAGUUAUAGGUUCUUUCGUUGUUUUUUUUUUUUUUGCUAAAGGUAGAGUUGUUAAGUUGUGGUUGAGAACGCAAGAAAAAAUGACUUAGUUGGCAGGGGUGUUGCCAUCAGUUUUGCAGGUUUUUUGAUGAUAUAAAGCUUACCAAUUCAUAAAAAAUAAAAAAAUUACGACCGAAAUAAAAAACUGAUAAAACUAUUAAAGGACAAUAAGACAU